AGAACAGUGUAGGCUGUCUGAUAACUCACAGGCUUCGAGCUGCCCUUAUAAAGUUGUUCCACUUCUGCAUACUUCCUCAUACUGCUCUUUUCUUGGUGAAGAUGAAGCUCCUCAUUUACAUAGUCUUGCUGAAGUCAACUCUCCUUGCUUUGACAAAUGUUUUUGCAGUUAUUUUAGAAGAGGAAGAAAAUGCUAAAGAAGCAAAACUUACCGAGACUUGUCCCAUAAAGCUCAAAACUAAUCGGAAAUGUGAUGAAGGAGAGGAUUGUCCUUAUCAGAUAAAUUUGCCUCCGAUGACCAUCCAGAUACCCAAAGAAUUCAAACUGCUUGAGAAGACUCUCAAAGAAGUACAGACCCUUAAAGAAUCAGUAAACAAGCUGAAAAAAUGCUGCCAAGAUUGCAAGCUGCAAGCAGAUGACAACCAGGAAAGAGACAGAAGUAAUGAAUUCCUGCUACCCAACACUGCAGAAAACAGCGAAAGCCAAGAUAACAGAGUACAGGAACUGCAAAGCAAAGUUAACAGAAUGGCAACCAGCUUAAAAAAUGCAAAGAGCCAGAUUCAGACACUGCAGGGUCGUUUAGAGAAGCUGAGCCUCAUAAACAUGAACAAUGUGGAACAUUAUGUUGACAGCAAAGUUGCAAAUUUGACAUUUGCUGUGAACAACCUGGAUAACAAAUGUUCUUCUAAGUGCCCAGCAAUGCAAGCAAGACCUGUUAUACAAAUAAUGCAGAGAGACUGUGCUGACCAUUACACAGCAGGGAGAAGGAGUAAUGGAAUCUACAGGAUUAGCCCUGAUCCCAGAAACGAGAGCUUUGAAGUUUACUGUGACAUGCAAACACAAGGAGGCGGCUGGACAGUGCUGCAACGGCGUCAGGAUGGCAGCACUAACUUCAACAGAACCUGGAAUGACUACAAACAUGGCUUUGGAAACCUCAGCAGGGAGUUCUGGCUAGGCAAUGACAAAAUUCACCUCCUGACAAGGAGCCAGGAAAUGCAACUGAGAAUUGAUCUCGAAGAUUUCAAUGGGAUCAGAGAAUAUGCCAAAUACGACCAUUUCUACGUGGCCAACGAGUACCUCAAGUACCGACUCAGCGUCCACGGCUACAGCGGCACAGCGGGAGACGCCCUCCACUACAGCAGGCAGUACAACCACGACCAAAAGUUCUUUACAACCCCGGACAAGGACAAUGACAGGUAUCCCUCGGGAAACUGUGGUGCCUACUACAGCUCUGGCUGGUGGUUUGAUGCCUGCUUGUCAGCCAAUCUCAACGGCAAGUACUACCACAAGAAAUACAAAGGUGUUCGCAAUGGCAUUUUCUGGGGUACAUGGCAUGGUAUUUCUGAUGAUAUUCCCACUGGAUAUAGGCAACCCUUUAAAUCAGUAAAGAUCAUGAUCAGACCCAAAAGUUUUGUGCAGUAAUUCUACACAUUUCUCUUAACUAGUUUGCAUUGGAUUGCACUCAAAAUCGUACUUACUCAGUAUUAUACUCAGAAAUCAAGUAUUCAGUUAUGUUUGGCAAAAGAUUGUUCUAGACAAAACAACAUACUUCCACAUAACAUUUUUAGAGAUGGCUUGACCCAUAUAAUGUAUUAAAACCAGCAUUAAAAUAUGUGAAGAGUUAUUGCUAAAACAUAACACCAGUUAGGUCUUGGUUUUGUUCUGUAAAUAUUCUAAACAUUGCUUUUGGUGCUUUUACUGACUGUGAUGUAUCACAUUUUAUUAUUUAAAACUUUUAUAAUGUCUUCCACAAGUUGUGUCUGAAUGAAUACCUACAUUUUAACCUGAAAAUAAUUCAGAGGUGUAACUAAUAUAAAUUUGUCAACACUUGGAAAAAAACCUAGUUUCUCUAAAACAGUCUUUUUCCGUCACCUGUUCUUCAUAACUUCAAAUGUAUACCACAACAAUAUCAAUAUAAAUUAGAUAAAGUACUAAAAAUUAUUAUUUUUAAAGAGCUAGAAAACAGAGGGCCACAUCGUUUGCCCAAAGCCACAAAAAAAAAGGCCUUGAAGAAAACAGAAAAUGGAGAUGAUUCCUCAAAUUCCAUCCCUUUAUCAAAGAUUUCUCAAAGUUGGUAGAAGAACUGAAUAAAAAGCAGACGAAAUAAUUAUAAAAUCAUAGAACCAUUUAGUUUGGAAAAAACCUUUAAGACCAUUGAGUCCAACUGUUAACACAGAACUGCCAAGUCCACACUAAGCCAUGUCUCUAGGCAUCACAUCUACACAUGGAAAGAGCAUGCAUUGAACAACAACAUUCUUGCUCUUUUUGGUUCCUCCAUUCAAGCUCAAGGUCCUAUUUGUCAUUAUUUGUAGGAGAAAGGAGCCUUUAUGUAGCUUGCUGCACAUUUAUGCAGGCAGGUAGACAGGUAGGAGGAAGACACAUCAAUAAGAAUCCAUAUACUUUGCAUUAAUGCCUCUAAAUACAUACAAAGAGUUUCCAGGGCUAUUUUUCUUUCUCCUGAAUCCUUUAGGUCAGUCAAAUGUUACAAGAUGCUCUUGUAGAGACUCAAGCUCUCAUUCAAAUACUCCUCAAUCUAGAUAUCAUUAGACCCUAAAACUAAAAAAGAAAUUAUAAAUGUUUUGUACCAUAAGAAAAGACUGUUCUCUCCAUUCACCCCAUAUGUGAUCAAAGAUUUUUUUUUCUAAAAUAUAAAAAAAAAAAAAAUCAAAUUGCCAAAUAGCGCAGGAAUUUCAAAUUAGAGAUACUGCUAUUAAAUCUCGCAUGGUAGAUAGUGAGCACAAAUUUGCACAUAUUUAGACCAUGUCUCUAUAAAGAUAGUGACCAACAUUGAGUGGAUAUGCAACUUAGGCAAGAGGCUAUCCUACUAUCCUGCUUACACCAAUCCUGAGAUGCAGAAAAACUAUACUGACUCUAUUUCUUUAUCAGCUAACUGUGGUCAUUGUUGGCAUAGCUUUUUUGAUUAAAAGAGACAUUAAAAAAAAAGAAGACAAGUAUACAUUUGACCUAAUACUUUAUAAAUAUGAUUGCUACUGGUUUUUUAAGAUUACAACAAAACUACCAUGGUUAUAAGUAAUGCAAAUGAAGAACACUGGUAAUAGCUAAAUUGUAAAAUAUUAAUAUAUAUUUUAAAGAAGUAAAUACUUUUUAGGAUAGCUCAAAUGUAAUUUGGUUUAUUAUAUUUCAAAGAGCAAUGAAAAGUUUUAACUGCAAGAUGUAUUAUCUUUGCUUGAGAAUAUGUUUUGAAGCUAUAGAAUAUUUAUUUUGGGAUAAAAAAUAGUUGUCUAAACAAAACAAAAAAAGCAACUGAUGAAGUAUCGGUUCGAAGAGUAAAUAUCUAAUUGCAUAUGAUUAUAUUUAAUCAUUUUGCAUUAAAUGCACAAUUUGUUCCUAUUCAUUAUUUGAAAAUUAGCUAAGUAUGAUUUAUGGUAUCUACAAGAUUCCACUUGAAAAUGUCUUUUUACUACUAAGUUGUAAGAAGAGAAACUGUCCUUUUUAAAUCUUGUUUAAAGGAAGCUUUGUAAAACACAGAAAUGUUAACAGAAUAAGCAAAUGUGACUAAAAUCACCUGCAAAAGCUUUGUCUCAUGUCUUUAAAAACAAAAAGCAAAAAAAAAAGAAAGUGUACUGCUGUUACAGAAAUCUGAUUAUUACCUGCCUGGAACUGUUGUAGCUGAAUCUCUGUCAAUGUGUACUAGUUUUGCAAAGUGUAACUCCAUCUACUUGUUGCAAACAUUUUGUUUAUACUUGGUGUAAUAAAAUAAGAAUGUCCCACUGUUAAAGGUGUACUACUGUCAUAGAUGUAAUAUAAGGACUAUUAAAAAUUCUCAUAAA